CCUUAUGUACAUAAGUUGGGCAGACCAAAAUUAUUGCCUGUACUAUCUAUCUACCGAGAUCACUUUUGGCCAACUUUAGCUCGGAGAGGUGUACCAAGAAUGAAAGUUCGGUUUCCUAGAAAGGACGAAAACAAUCCUAAAGCCAUCAAACUAAUUCAAAAAGAAGCUGAACCUGAAGCACAUAAGGAACAAGAGAAUCUGCAGAACAUACCCUUCCAAAAAAGAGUACCUCAUGACCAAGACGGAAGAAAAAAUACUGCUGAAAACACUGAAAUAUCUGAAGAGAGGUUGACGUCUUCUACAAAAAAUAUAAGUAGCUGUUGUAUUGUUGAUCCUAAAAAACUUGCACUGACUAAGCUUACUGAUGUCGACAGUAUAAGGCUUGGACCAGGAAGAGCAAUGCAAAGUUCGAGUGGAGGUGAAAUUGACUGUAAUUCAGGCUCUAGUCCUGAGAGGGCAGCAGCUCAAACCUCUGAAAUAUCUGAAGAGGACUUGAUGUCUUCUACAAAAACUGAAAGUGGUAAUAGCAAUGAUGAUCCCAAUGAAUUAAAACUGACUGAGAAGUUGAACGAAGUCAACAGACCGGUGCAACAAAUGCCUGUGAUACCUAACUUCCGAGAUAACUUUUUGCCAACUUUUGCACAAAGAGGAGUACCUAGAAUGACCCAGAUGAACAUCUAUGCUAAUCGACGUAGUCUCCAAGGAAGAGAUUCUAAAACCAAGAAAGUUAUAUCCCUUUCUCAAAAUGUUAAACUUCAUGAAGCUGAUAAUGUACCUUCGUACAAGCAAGAUGCCGCUAGUGACCAGAUAGAUCUUGAGGUUGGCGCAGUGUCAGUUUCAACUGCUCCAACAGUCCCUCAAAGUCAAGCAGAUGAGCAGCCACUAUCUCCUUUACCUGCUGCAAUUGUAGAUAGUGAAUUACUUAGUACUGUUCCUCUGCCUGGAGAAAUACUUUCUGAUAAUUCACCUCAGAGUGAUAUCUCACUAGUUGAACAGCAGAGUGAUUCAUUGUCAGUUUCACCUACAACUGAAAAUGAAGACAAAAAAAAUGUAAAUGAUCCAGCACAGAAUAAAACUAAACAAUCAAACAAACUAAAAUAUAGCUACAAAGAAGAUCAAUGGAGUCCUGUAAAUAUCGAGGGGAAGAAAAAAUAUGAUAGGGAUUUUCUUCUUCAAUUACAAUGCCAGCCAUCGUCCUUAGUAAAACCACAGAACUUGCCAAACCUAGAUGUCAUUAAAAACAAAGCUCAUAUACAGAAGUUGAACGAAGUCAACAGACAGGUGCAACAAAUGCCUGUGAUGCCUAACUUCCGAGAUCACUUUUUGCCAACUUUUGCACAAAGAGGAGUACCUAGAAUGCCCCAGAUGAACAAUUAUGCAAAUCGACGUAGUCUCCAAGGUAGAGAUUCUAAAACCAAAAAGAAAUCGUCUACUGAACCUCGCAAUACACCUCAUGAUGUGAAUACGCAGGCUGUUGCAGCUCAACCAGAAAAGUUUCCUAUCUCUGAUGGAAUGCCUACUGCUCAGCAGCACUAUCAGUCGAUGGCUGGUCCAGUAUAUAAUCCUCAAGCUGCUACUUUAGCACAGCAAUGUCAACAGAUGCAUGCUAAACCUAUGGCAAUGCCGUAUCAACAGAGGCCAUUUAGUUCUCCUCAGGACAUAAUAUUCCCAACAGCAACUAACCAGCCUGUUUAUCUUAAUAAUCAAUGGGGUACUCCAUACCAUAAUCCUCCACAAGCCAAUUCAAGUGGUUUCUAUCAGUCCCUGCCAACUUACACCAACCCCAUUCAGCCUGCACAACAAAUUUCUCAGCAGCCUGCUCAGCAGACGCAAAAGAAAACAAAAGCUCUAGCAAUAAUUGAUCCUGCAACAGGGAAAAACAUUUUUGACGGCAGCUAUAAUGAGGAUAGUUCUCGUUCAACACCAGAAAAAGAAAUUUAUCAACAGAGGCCAUUUAAUCCUCCUCGGAACAUAAUAUUCCCAGCAGCAACUCGCCAGCCUGUUUAUCUUAACAAUCAAUGGGAUACUCCAUACAAUAAUCCUCCGCAAGCUAAUUCAAAUGGUUCCUAUCAGUCCGUGUCAACUUACACCAACCCCAUUCCGCCGGCACAACAGCCUGCUCAGACACAAAAGAAAGCAAAAGCUCGUGCAAUACUUGAUCCUGCAACAACAAAAAACAUUUUUGACGGCAGCAAUCAUGAGGAAAUUAGUCGUACAAAAAUACAAAUAGAAAUUUAUCAACAGAGGCAAUUUAAUCCUCCUCGGAACAUAAUGUUCCCAGCAGCAACUCGCCAGCCUGUUAAUCUUAAUAAUCAAUGGGGUACUUCAUACAAUAAUCCUCCGCAAGCUAAUUCAAAUGGUUCCUAUCAGUCCACGCCAACUUACACCAACCCCAUUCCGCCUGCACAACAGCCUGCUCAGACACAAGAAAACAAAAGAAAAGAAAGAAAGAAAGAAAAAAAAGAAAGAAAGAAAACAAAAGCUCUAGCAUUAUUUGAUCCUGCAACAGGAAAAAACAUUUCUGACGGCAGCAAUAAUGAGGAUAGUUCUCGUUCAACACCAGAAAAAGAAAGUGUAAGUAAUGGUUGGAGAAUGAUUCAUCGAUUCCUAUGUUGGAGCCUUCACUGAAAUUAUUUAAGUGAAUGAACAUGAUAAAUUCUAAUCAAAUAUAAUUUAAGCAGUAAAAAAAUCUUAUAUUUGAUACUAGUUUUCUGUAUUUUCUAGACGUGUAAAUUUAUCUGAGCAUUCUCGCAACUUCGCAUUUUCACCUGCUUUCGAUCAAAAGACUUGGUUAAAGAUUGCAAGGAUUUGAUAUGUUGAACUGGUAGACCAUCCACAAAAAUGUAUAAUAAUGAUUGAAGUGGUCUCUCCUAUCGGAUUUGU